CCGUGCCAGCGGCGGCGGCCCCCAUUCGGCCGCGGCUCGAUCUGUGGUGGUUAAGUUUCCUAGGAGGCUGCAGGGAGCUCCAAUGCACAUCCAUUCACUAGCCGACGGCCCCGGCCCCGGCUGCAAUAAAGCAAGCGAAUGGAGUAGGCGAGUAGCAGCUAGCCACUGCACUUCCCCAGCUACUUUCUCUUCUUCUUCUUCUUCACUUGGAUCAGGCAGGUAGCAUAGGCAUAGCAGCGGAGAGAGAGCAGGGCAGAUCGAGAGGCGCCUGAGGAGCGGAGGAGGAAGACCAAGGAAUCAAACCAAACCAAGGCGUCCGGAUCGGAGGAUGCUCGGAGGCCGGCCGGUGUUCGUGCUGUUCGGCUCCUCCAUCGUGCAGUACAGCUUCAGCAACGGCGGAUGGGGCGCCGCGCUCGCCGACAUCUACGCCCGCAAGGCUGAUAUCUUGCUUAGAGGAUAUAUCGGCUGGAACACAAGGCGGGCCCUUCAAGUCAUGGACAAAGUGUUUCCUAAGGAUUCACCAGUGCAGCCAUCUCUGGUAAUAGUUUACUUUGGUGGAAAUGACUCCAUUGCUGCCCACUCGUCUGGUCUGGGGCCUCACGUGCCGAUAGAUGAGUACAUAGACAACAUGAGAAAGAUUGCGGAGCACCUGAAGAGCUUAUCCGAGAAGACCCGUGUUAUCUUCCUGAGCUGUCCACCUCUGAACGAGGAGAUGCUUCGCACAUCAACCAGCACUAUACUGAGCGAGAUCGUGCGGACCAACGCAACCUGCCGCUUGUACUCGGACGCCUGUGUAGCUCUGUGUAAAGAGAUGAACCUGAAGGUGGUUGAUCUGUGGCAUGCCAUGCAGAAGAGGGAGGACUGGAUGACGGCGUGCUUUACCGAUGGCCUGCAUCUGUCUGAAGAGGGGAGCAACAUCGUGGUGGAAGAGAUCCUCAAGGUGCUCAAGGAGGCAGAUUGGGACCCGUGCCUGCACUGGAAGGCGUUGCCGACGGAGUUCGCGGAGGACUCGCCCUACGACCUCGUCUCCUCCAGCGGCGACGCCACCGUGAACCCCUCGGAGUGGACCAUCCACAGGAAGAUACCAUGGGACUGACUGUGGCUUCUCUCAAGACGAAUAAUGAGUAGUUUGAUGGGGACAGGACAAUGCAUGCCAUCCCUAAUCUGAUCCCGGUCAUGGAUGUAUGCAGCUGAAUCAUCUUAUGACCUCAAACAUUAUUCUUGAUUAUUCAAUUUUUCAUGGCUAUCAUUAUGUGUAGCGACAUACAGUAUGUAUGUACCUCAGUCAUAUACUAUUUCUUCAAGAGAUCAGAGCAGAAUUACACAUAGAA